GUGCCAGAGCCAGACGGGCAGCGCGGAGGCUGCGGUGGCCGUGGCCGCGGAGCUGGCCCUGCGGGGCCCCGGGGGGGAGGGGGAGCCGCGAAGCCCCCGCUGAGGCCGCCGCUGCCGGGCCUCCCCUCCCCCCCGGGCGCCAUGCGGGGGGGCCCGGGCGAUGCGGAGCGGCGACAGCGCUGGGGUCGCCUCUUCGAGGAGCUGGAUAGUAACAAGGACGGCCGCGUGGACGUGCACGAGUUGCGCCAGGGACUGGCUCGGCUGGGCGGGGGCGACCCGAACCGCGACACCCAACAGGGCAGUUCCCCUGAGGGUGACACUGACCCACACGGUGGGCUGGACCUGGAGGAGUUUAGCCGCUACCUGCAGGAGCGAGAACGGCGCCUGCUGCUUCUGUUCCACAGCCUGGACCGGAAUCAGGAUGGUCAUAUUGAUGUGUCUGAGAUCCAGCAAAGUUUCCGAGCUCUGGGUAUUUCCAUCUCUCUGGAGCAAGCAGAGAAAAUUCUGCACAGCAUGGACCGUGACGGCACAAUGACCAUCGACUGGCAGGAGUGGCGCGACCACUUCCUGUUGCAUUCGCUGGAGAAUGUGGAGGAUGUGGUCUAUUUCUGGAAACACUCGACGGUCUUGGACAUCGGCGAGUGCCUGACUGUUCCCGAUGAGUUUUCAGAGCAGGAGAAACUGAGCGGCAUGUGGUGGAAGCAGCUGGUGGCGGGUGCGGUGGCAGGCGCUGUGUCGCGGACGGGCACAGCCCCUCUGGACCGCCUCAAGGUCUUCAUGCAGGUCCACGCCUCCAAGACCAACAAGCUGAACAUCCUGGGGGGCCUAAAGAACAUGAUCCGAGAGGGGGGCAUGCGCUCCCUGUGGCGCGGGAAUGGGAUUAACGUGCUUAAGAUCGCGCCAGAGUCGGCUAUCAAGUUCAUGGCCUAUGAGCAGAUCAAGCGGGCCAUUCGAGGGCAGCAGGAGUCCCUGCACGUGCAAGAGCGCUUUGUGGCCGGCUCCCUCGCUGGUGCCACAGCCCAAACCAUCAUUUACCCCAUGGAGGUGCUGAAGACGCGGCUGACCCUGCGCCGGACGGGCCAGUACAAGGGGCUGCUGGACUGUGCGUGGCAGAUCCUGGAGCGGGAGGGGCCCCGAGCCUUCUACCGAGGCUACCUGCCCAACGUGCUGGGCAUCAUCCCCUACGCAGGCAUCGACCUGGCCGUCUAUGAGACGCUGAAGAACCGAUGGCUCCAGCAGUACAGCCACGACUCGGCCGACCCAGGCAUCCUCGUGCUCCUGGCCUGUGGCACCGUCUCCAGCACCUGUGGCCAGAUAGCCAGUUACCCCCUGGCCCUGGUCCGGACCCGCAUGCAGGCCCAAGCCUCCAUCGAGGGCGCCCCCCAGCUCUCCAUGCUGGGUCUGUUCCGUCACAUCCUGUCCCAAGAUGGCGUGUGGGGCCUCUACCGGGGCAUUGCCCCCAACUUCAUGAAGGUUAUCCCGGCUGUGAGCAUCUCCUAUGUGGUCUACGAGAACAUGAAGCAGGCGCUGGGGGUCACGUCCAGACCCCAGCUCCCUCAGGCCCCAGAUCCAGCACCGGGUCCUAGAUCCCCAAACCCGCUGGCGGAUCCCAGAUCCCCAUGCUUCCAGCCCUGGAUCUCCAAGCUCGGCCACUGGAUUCUGGAUAUCAAGAAGCCUCAGCCACCGGAUCCUGACAAUGCAAUGCCUAGAUCCCGGGGCCCCAGCCACUGGAUCCCAGAUCCCCUCACCCCAGCUACUGGAUUCCCGAAUUCCUUUGCCUUGACACCGAGUCCCGGAUCCCUCCGCUUUGACUACUGGAUUCCAUACAUUUCAACCACUACGCCCUCAACCCCCAACCACCGGAUCUCGGAUUCCCAAGCCCUGACCGGCUGGAUCCUGGCUUCUAAAUCCACAAUGUGAGAGCCCAGCGGCAGAGCGCGUGGGUCCCGGCGACUGCAGCUGUUGGGCCCCAACCCCUUCACCACAGGCACUGGAUGCUGAAACCUCACCCAUAGGAAGGAGACCCCGACCCUUCCAAGCACUGGAUCCCAGCCCCUUAACCCCUGGAUUCUGACCGGAAUCCUCCCAAGGCACUGGAUCCUGAGCGCUCAGACUCUAAGCCUAGAUAGAUCCCAAUAGGCCAAUCACAACAUCCUGGACCCCACACGCCCCCGUCCCAGACACACCCCAGAGCCCAGGGCCCUCCCCACUCCCCGUGACACAAAGCCCAUGGUCUAAGGAGCCUGCGGGAAGCCCAGGUCCUGACCUCCUUCUUGGGACUUGUCCAAAGUCCUGACCCAUCUAAAAGCUGGCAGCACAGGAAGGAGAGGUCCCUCCCACACCCUAGACAGAGGCUGGACACCCCCACCACCUACCCAGCAUGGCUACGCCUCUGGCCCCUGGGGAAACUGCUCCCCCGAAAUGCUCUGCAAUGUCCUCCGUCCCCUUCCCACCUUUAGGCUAACGAUAACCCCCAGUCACUCUUUCUUGGGGGCUGGCAAGGGGGCAGUCUGAGGCUGGGGACGCAUUAAGGGGACCCCCCCCCAAACCCACCCUAGCACUGCCAGCCUCUCCCCAGGCUUCAGGGUUGGGAGCCAGGAGGAAGUCUACCCGGACUAGCCUUCCCUGGAGCCCAGCAUCUGCUUCUGCAAAACAAACAGGCCAAAUCCCCAAACUCAGUCUACGUCUAUUUUUCUACCAGAGAGGAGCAGACAUUCCUUCCCCCUCAAAUAACCCAAGCCCCCCCCCCAGCACCCCCCACUACCCUGUACAUUCUGCACUUUAUAGUUGGAUUCUGAGCUUAGCAUAACUGGGGACCCCCUCCCUUCACUCCUCCCAAGUCUUUGGGGAACCCCAUUAGAGGACUGCAAAAGAGGAGCUGUGUUGUUUCAGGGGGCUGGAGGACCCCCCCCCACCUCCCCUUCCCACCUACACCGUGUCUCACCUCCCCGCCUGUGUGUGUUAUUUCCAAGGAAAGAGCAAAAGGAUACACUUUCUAAGCUC